AUGCCGCCUGUUCGGUCAACGAAAAAGAACUCGCACCUCGAGAGCAAUGCACAGCAACUCAGCAUAGAAUCUUUUUUUACAAAAGGGGUCGCCAAGGACGCGUCAACGUCGAUAGCCAACCCGCCGGUCAUCUCUGUGGGAGCUUCCCCUGCUGCAGCUGAAGCUCCUGCAGAUUCCAACCCGCCCGACAACUCUGCGGGAGCUACUUCAGCUGCAGUUGGAGCUCUUGCGGAUUCCAACACGCCCCCUCCCGUCAAGAAGGUCGCCAACGCUUUCCAGGCACUUCGGCCCGAUUCCAAGGGACAAGUGGAAGUCUAUUUUCAGUCUGAUGCGGAGUGGGAGAAAAGUUGGCAAACGAAACUGGGCCACCGGACAAAGAAACUGGGCUUUGGGAGCUCGUUUGUCCUGACUGAUAUACAGAUGUCAGCUAUGGCGCGCACAAUGCGAAUGAACUCACCCCCGGCACCACUGUGCGACUGGCGCGCAUGUAUCCGUGCCAGCUUGCGUUUCGUAAGACUGCAAGGAUGCCGCAAAUUCCAGACUGACGCCAUGCUCAUCGCCUUCCUCUCCAACUGCCCUAAGAUAACCUAUUUAGAGCUUUCCGGCCCCUCUGCAAACAAGAUUACACAAGCUUCCUUUGAUGCCCUGCUGGCGCAUCCAAAUUGGGCUCCCAAGCUCAAGACACUGUGCAUUCCUCCGCCUGGCCCUGAUGUGAAACGGGAGAAGGCCUGGUUCAAAUCUCUGUGCGCGGUAUCCAAAGAACGACAGAUGCUGACGAUUCAGGUGACUAGAAUCAGUGAAGAGAAGAAAUGGGGUGACUGGGAGCUUACCACUUCGGCAACGGAAUACCGGAAAGGGAAGAAACUUCGGGUUUGGUAG